AUGGCGGCGAACAAUCUAUCCAUCUCCUUCGAGGACUACCUCCAACUGGAGAAAUGCGCCUUCAACUGGGGCGACAGCUAUGAUGCCAAAGACUGGGACCGUCUUCGGGCCAUCAUUGCCCCAACCCUCAGAAUUGACUACCGCCUGGUGAUGGACGACCGCUGGUUCUGGCCUGAGAUGCAGGCCGACGACUUCCUGGCCAUGAUCUCCUCCGAGGGCUUCCUGGGCGACCCCUGCGUGAAGACGCAGCACCUGCUGGGGGCGCACUGGUGGGAGCGCGUCUCCGAGACCGAAGUCAUCGGUCACCACCAGCUGCGCGCUGCUCACCUGCGCUACGCCGACGCCAGUCGUACCACCGUCAGCAAGCGCGGCCACGGCCAUGCGACCAACACCCACUACUACCGCAAGGUUGACGGCGAGUGGAAAUUCGCCGGCAUCCGGCCCCUCGUCCGCUGGAAUGAGUGGGACUUUGAGCACAUCUUCCGCGGAUUGGAGUUUCCGGACGAGACGACGACGACGUCCAGCAGCGGGGAGGGCCAGCAGCAGAAGCUGCAGUUCAAGGCGUUGCCGGCGCCGGAGGUCGGGGAUGUGGUGUAA